CGCACGAGUGCAGUUCUAAUACCGUGGCUACGACGAACAAUGCGCCUGGUGGUGCUCCUAAGUGCGACGAUUGUUCUUUCGCUCUCCGUGCAAGCCGCGAGAUCCUGGCGCUCGAGGAUCAAACAGAGAUCGCCUGUUAUUUUCAUUCCAGGUGAUGGCGGCAGUCAGGUUGAGGCAAAGAUUAACAAACCAUCAGUGGUACACUACAUCUGUGAAAAAAUAUCUUCUGAUUAUUUUAACCUUUGGUUAAACAUGGAACUGCUUGUACCUGUUGUGAUAGAUUGCUUUAUUGAUAAUUUAAAGUUAAAUUAUGACAAUGUAACGAGAACUACUAGUAAUCAGCCUGGAGUGGAUAUAAAGAUACCAGGAUGGGGUGAUCCUUUUGUAGUUGAAUACAUAGAUCCAAGUAAAGCCUCACCAGGCUCAUACUACAAAGAUAUUGGAAAUAUGUUGGUAAAUGAGUUAGGAUACGUCAGAAACCUAUCACUACGUGGUGCACCUUAUGAUUUUAGAAAAGGACCUAGUGAGAAUGAGCAAUUCUUUAGUGACCUGAAAACUCUAGUCGAAGAAACAUAUAUAAUGAAUAAUAAUGUGCCAGUUACAUUAGUGGCUCACAGUAUGGGUGGACCUAUGACUCUAAUAAUGUUGCAACGUCAGAGUCAGAAAUGGAAGGAUAAAUAUAUCAAUAGCUUUAUCACACUUAGUGCAGUAUGGGCAGGAUCUAUGAAAGCUGUCAAAGUCUUUGCUAUUGGAGAUAAUUUAGGUGCAUAUUUUCUGAGUGAAAGUACAUUAAAAAAUGAACAGAUAACAAGUCCAAGUUUAGGAUGGUUGUUACCCUCAAAAUUAUUUUGGAAAGAUACUGAAAUUUUGGUGCAAUCGGAACAAAAAAAUUACACCAUGAGUAAUUUGCAGCAGUAUUUAAUAGAUAUAGGUGUUCCUAAUGCUUGGGAAUUCAGGAAGGAUAACGAGAAGUAUCAAUUGGAUUUUACAGCACCAGGUGUAGAAGUACAUUGUUUAUAUGGCAGCAAAGUGGAUACUGUGGAAAAGUUGUAUUAUAAGCCAGGUGUAGCAAUAGAUGGUUAUCCUCAAUUAAUUUUUGGAGAUGGAGAUGGAACUGUAAACAUAAGGAGUCUAGAAGCAUGCAAACUGUGGCAGAAAUCACAGAAACAGAAAAUUUACACUAAAGAUUUCCCGAAAGUAGAUCAUAUUAAAAUUUUAAAAGAUCCCAGUAUCUUAACAUACAUCAAAACGGUUUUAAAAGUCUGAUAUAAUUUUUAAUGAAAACAAUUGCAUGGUAAAAUAUAAAAAAGUAUAUAUCAAGUAACGUUAUAAGUUUAAAAUUCUUUAUUUCGCAAUUUUAGAAUAAAGUAAUAUUUAACAAAACAAAAAUAAUGUAUCAUAAAAAAUAAGUAAUUUCAUGGAUUUUAAUCACUCGUCGAUUGAAAAUAUAAUAUCGUAAUUAAAAAUAUAUUUUUAUUAACUAUAUAGUUCAUUAAAAUAUAUCACAUUACACAACAACAUACCGACAAAUAUCAAUUGGAUUAUAAAGUAGUGCAGUUGCAAAAAACAUUUUGUAAAUGUUAAUAUUUGCUUAUUGACUGGCCAUAUUGAUUAUAUAAGUAUUUAUAAUAUUAUUUUCUCCUUAGUUUUUCAUAUUUAGUAUAUAUAUAUAUAUAUACAUAUAUACACACAUCACUAAUUUUUAUGUUUCAUUAACUGCUUGAUCUCAUAUAAAACAAAAAGUGAUCACUGAACAUGACUAGUAAUUUAUUCUAUAAAGUAGUAAUAUUUCAUAGGAAAUAGUUUUAUGCUGUACAAUAUUUUAUAGUGGUAAUACAUCACACAAUUAUAAUAAUAAUAUUAAAAUCCCAAUUUCACAGUUUACAAGUCAUAAAUUU